AUGAUGGAUGAGAAAGAAGCCAGAGAUGAGGUGCCGCCCAACAGGUCAAGCGGCGACGUGGAAAAGAUGUCCUCCUCCGACAUAGAAACCGAAAAGACAUAUCCUCCAAAGAAAGUCGUUCUACCAACGAUGCUGGCUCUCUUCCUCGACCGCACAAUCAUCGGUACAGCAAUCCCCACCAUCUCCGCUGAGUUCGACAGCUUCGGCGAUAUCGCGUGGUACGAAUCUGCCUUCCUCCUCCCGCUCUGCGUCUUCCAGCUCUCCUUCGGCCUCGUCUUUAAAUACUACUCCACGAAAUGGGUUCUGUUCAUCUUAACAGCUAUAUUCGAGAUCGGGUCCAUCGUCUGUGCAGCUGCACCUAACUCGAAUGCUUUGAUCGUUGGAAGAGCUAUCACUGGCAUUGGAGGUGCAGGUAUUGGCUCUGGAGUGUUUAUCUACAUCACGCUUCUGUUUCCUCUGGAGGAGAGGCCGAAGUAUCUUGGAUCCCUUGGUUCUGCCUUUGGAAUAUCGUCGAUCUUGGGGCCGAUCCUUGGGGGGUAUCUCACCUCUGUUACAUGGCGUUGGUGCUUUUGGAUCAACGUUCCCAUAGGCGGACUUUCACUCAUUCUUCUGUUCAUUCUGGCGCCAAACAGGCCACCACCCAGUGAGCCAGCCAUUUCAUGGCGUCAAAGAUUCCUCGAUCUUGAUCCACUGGGUUUCCUCAUGGUUGCUGGAUCAGUCGUCAGUCUCCUCUUCGCCCUAGAGUUUGGCAAGGAGGACCAGCAGUGGACAAGCGGACGUGUCAUCGCCCUCUUUGUAGUCUUCGGCGUUUUGUUCCUCGUAUUCGCAGGCUACCAAGCUUGGAGGAAAGAAAAAGCGACAGUGCCUCCACGAAUUCUUUUCCAACGAACCACGUUCUUUGCAUGCCUAAACGCCUUAGCUAUUGGUUCAGUACUGGUCAUCUACUCGUUUUACCUUCCAGUUUGGUUCCAGGUGGUCAAGGGCAAGUCACCUCAAGAUUCAGGUUUAGCUUUGAUCCCGUUGCUACUGAGCAACGUGUUUUGUGUAGUUCUCGGUGGUGUUUUGGUAUCCAAGAUUGGAUAUUACACCCCGUUUGCUAUCGCUGGCAGUGCUGUGUUUAUUGUUGGCUCGGCGCUGAUAAGUACCUGGACGGCGGAUGUCAGCAAAGCCAAAUGGAUUGGCUAUCAGAUUAUCACCGGAAUAGGCAUGGGCUUGACGCUGCAACAGCCCGCCAUCGCCAUUCAGACUGCCCUCUCAGAAAGUGAUAGCCCAAUUGGCCUAUCCAUCCUCAACUUUCUUAUGUUUCUUGGUGGAACAGUCUUUAUCACCGUAUCGCAGACACUACUCGAAGGUCAACUUGAGAGCAGAAUCGCAAAGUAUAUUCCUGGAGUUGACAUUAAUACGCUUACGAACAGUGGCGCAACGACUCUUCGGGAGCUCGUGCCUUCCGACAAGGUGGACUUGGUGUUGAAUGCGUAUAACGAUUCGAUGCGGUCUAUCUGGUAUCUUGGCUUGGGCAUGGGAUGUUUUGCUCUGAUUACCUCAUUUGGGUUUGAAUGGAAGAACGUUAAGGUGAAGAAGGCGGCCGGGGUAGCUGCAACUGCAUAG